AUGCCAUAUAUCAAAGGUGGCGCAAAAGAAAACGAGGGGACAGACUUUUUCAUCUUCAGGCAAAACCCAAACUGGAAGAACUCCACUUGUAACACAUCUCUACAGAAGAAGGCAUUUAGGUCUGGGGAGUAUGGACCAAUCUUUCGACCGGACAUUCAGAUGUGGACUAACAGCAAGUUGUUCAAUGAGAGUGAAUAUUUGCGACUGAAACCAUGGACCAUACCUUAUGGAUACAAGUACAAGGAAGAAAUCACAUAUGAAGACGUCCUUGAGACGCUGAAAUUGUUUCCUGCGGAAGAUUCUAUCUUCAACUUCAGCCGCUCAGGCAAGCCGGAAUGCAUCACGUGUGCCGUGGUCGGGAACGGAGGCAUGUUAAACGGAUCCGGCAUGGGAAAGGAGAUCGACACGCACGACUACAUAUUUAGGGUUAAUCAGGCAUACACAAGAGGCUAUGAGAAAGACGUUGGCAGCAGGACAACUCAUUAUGUGUUCUUCGAUCGCUCCCUCCAACCGAUGAAGCAAGGGCACUAUCCAGUUAGUCAGAAUAUCACGUAUAUAUUCGUGCCUUGUCGUAAGUUCGACUAUGUGUAUCUUAAGAGGAUAGGAGACGGCAUAAACAAGUUCAAAGCACCCCCUGAGAACAUAAGAGUUCUCCAUCCUGACUUCCUGCGAUACAUUCAUUUCGUGUGGAUGAGGGUCCGUUCGUUUCGUCCCACAACUGGCGCCAUCAUGACGAUGACGGCUCUGCAUGCCUGUGACAAGCUCAGUCUGUACGGAAUGGGCUACAACAUCAAGUACAGCAACCACUAUUUCGACCCACAGUAUCAGAAGUUCGCAAAUGUGAUGGGGAGUCACAAUCACGAACGAGAGAUCGAGUUAUGGGACCGUCUGGACAAAGAAGGCAUCGUGUACUGGUAUAGAAGAGACGUUUUCUAA